AUGUCGUCUUCCAGGGAGGUUGAGAAAGGGCUCACAAGAUGGGAGCCAGUGUUACCUUCUUGCCAGAAAAUUCACAGCCCCUAGACAAGAAUUUCAAGCAGAGGAAUAGAAUAAACCCCUCUCGUAACCUGGCAACAUCUCCUCUAUUGCUGUGUCAGGCAGACUGGGAAACAUCAGCCCUUUACAAGCUGCAGACACACAUGGAGCUGUCGCGACCUGGGAUGCCAUCAGGAGCUCGAAUGCCCCAUCAGGGGGCUCCCAUGGGUCCCCCAGGUCCCCCAUAUGUUGGAAGCCCCUCAGUGAGACCUGGGAUGCCCCAGACUGUGAUGGAAACAACAAGAAAACGCACUGCGCCACAGCAGGUCCAGCAACAACAGGUGCAGCAGCAAGUGCAACAGCAGCAGCAAGCUACUCAGAACCGAACUAGGAGUGCCAAGAGGAGGAAGAUGGCUGACAAAAUUCUCCCUCAGAGGAUCCGGGAGCUGGUUCCUGAGUCCCAGGCCUACAUGGAUCUGUUGGCCUUUGAACGCAAACUAGACCAGACCAUUAUGCGGAAGCGUGUGGAUAUUCAGGAAGCGCUGAAGAGGCCAAUGAAGAUCAAGUCCAGAACUUCCCUGUUCAUGUAUCCUACUGAAAAGCAAAAGCGGAAACUGAGACUUUAUAUCUCCAACACAUUUAAUCCUGCAAAAUCUGACGCUGAUGACUCUGAUGGCAGCAUCGCAUCAUGGGAGCUUCGAGUGGAGGGGAAGCUCCUGGAUGAUCUCAGCAAACAGAAACGGAAGUUUUCAUCAUUUUUUAAGAGUCUAGUCAUUGAACUGGACAAAGAUCUUUAUGGACCUGACAACCACCUUGUGGAGUGGCACAGAACUCCCACAACUCAGGAGACUGAUGGCUUCCAGGUGAAAAGACCUGGUGAUGUCAGUGUGCGGUGCACAUUACUCCUCAUGUUGGAUUACCAGCCUCCACAGUUUAAACUGGACCCACGAUUAGCACGUUUGCUGGGGAUACACACACAGACCCGAUCUGCCAUCAUCCAGGCUCUCUGGCAGUACAUCAAAACAAAUAAGCUGCAAGACUCCCAUGACAAGGAAUACAUUAAUUGUGACAAGUACUUCCAGCAGAUCUUUGACUGUCCACGGCUAAAGUUUUCUGAAAUUCCUCAGAGACUCACUAACCUACUGCUGCCACCAGACCCUAUAGUGAUAAACCAUAUCAUCAGUGUUGACCCCAAUGAUCAGAAGAAGACGGCUUGUUAUGACAUAGAUGUAGAAGUUGAAGACCCGUUAAAGGGACAGAUGAGUAGUUUUCUUCUCUCAACAGCUAAUCAACAGGAGAUUACAGCAUUGGACAAUAAGAUUCAUGAGACAAUCGAAUCCAUAAAUCAGUUAAAAAUACAACGUGAUUUCAUGCUGAGUUUCUCCAAAGAUCCUAAAGGAUACAUCCAAGACCUUCUUCGAUCCCAGAGUAGGGAUCUUAAGGUGAUGACUGAUGUAGUUGGAAACCCAGAGGAAGAACGCAGAGCUGAAUUUUAUCAUGAGCCGUGGUCUCAAGAGGCUGUGAGCAGAUAUUUCUACUGCAAGAUUCAACAACGCCGGCAGGAACUGGAACAGUCUCUGGGAGUGCGCAACACAUAAGUAUUGCUCAAAAGAUCCCAUUGGCAUCAUGACCACAGAACGAGUGGACUUCUCAGUGUUACUUAGCUCACUGUUACACAUGGACCUGCUUCCUGACUGGAUGGGAAUGUACCAUCAACAAACCAGUCAGAACACCAGCUUUAGAGUGACCUUUGAAAAAACUGCCCAUGGGAGGUGUCUCAAACCAUUCCAGGCCAUAGACAGCAGAAGAUUCCUGUGCUCCAUACAGGUGUCAAUGUUAAAGAAGAUUAAAAAUUCAUUCAUAAACUUGCAUCAUUGAGUUCCAGUGGAAAGUUCAGACACUACACAGCAAAUCCUUAUGGGCUAUGCAUAGAAUCAUGGGUGGUAUUGAUGGGGGAGGUUGAGUUGGGUGUUAUAGGAGACUACAGAUUUAGAGAAAUAAAAGUAAUUCUCAUUCUGUUACCUAAAAUUCUCAAAUAGUAACUUCUCUGGAAUAAGACAAGAUAGUCCUGAUAGCUGUGGAAUGCUUUACAUUCCUGA